UCAUAUAAUCCUUUCGGUAUUGCGUUCCUCCGUCUGUGUGGUAGACGCAGCGAGGAAUAAAAAAAGGAAAUGGCGUAGAUAACUUUAAUACGCCUCGGGUCGACAGGCUUCGUUUAAAGGCAUUUCCGAACCCGUCAUCAACCGUCGACUGUAGUAAAACGGAUGCAUAUGCGUAGCAUCGUCAUCGCACCACCAUCACACACAUCGAACAGAAAGCUGCUGCUGCUGGUUUUAAGUGUGUGUGUGUGUUGUGGAAGGAUAUUCAGCGUAAUUUAAUCGUAGCAACCACAGCAGAUGGAAGGAUGUGACGUUUUCGUUCUUCCUUCGUUCAGUGCCGUAGCCGCAUACAUUUACAUUUGUUCCAUAUCGCAUGUGUGAAAUAAUUAAAUUGUGUCGUGUGCAGUUCAUUUUGAAGCAUUGCUGACUGUGUGACGUGGUGAUGUGUUUUUAAAAUGUUGCAACGUACAAUUUAACUGUGUGUAAAAUUGCCCCAUUUUACAAAAAAGGAUUCCGAGUGCUUUACUGCAAUCGAUUUGUGAUUCUGUAGGCGUUAUCGCUGUGUACUAGCUCGUGUUUUUUUCCCGUAUACUUUGCCGUAACGCAUCUCGCAAUCCCAUCAUCGUAGUAGCUCGUUCGAAACAGUUCUUUUGACACAGACCAGACGGCACAGUGCGAGCAAAAUAGUGCACCAAAGUGUGAUAACGGUUGAAGCAAACGAUAGAAAGAAAUAGAGAGAGUGAAAAGGCUGAAACGGCUGCUGUAAACGGAAAGUGCGUGCGUGCGCGUGUGUGUUGGUCUGUACGUUCGAGACGGAUCCGUUCCUGUGUCUCUCACGCAGUCCACAGACCAGGCGUGAAGCAGUGCAGUAGUGGACCAACUGCAACGAGCAGCAGAGGAAGCAACAGUGUAUUGAAGUUGCUAGAGUAGCAGCAGCACCAGCACCAGCAGAGUACCAAUCAAAUCCUCAGCAAACGGCAGCAAUGGCGUGUGCAACGUUAAAACGUUCGCUCGACUGGGAAAGCCUAAAUCAGCGGCCGACGAAACGGCGAAGAUGUCAUCCGUUCGGUAGCCCCAGCCAGAGCCCGUCCGCUUCCUCCUCCUCCUCGCCGUCGGCCUCAUCUUCCACAUCCGUUGCGGCGGCUGCUGCUGCUGCCGCUUCGAUGCGCGUCAUGGAACCGAAACCGUCGCCUUUUGCAGAAGCCACCUGUUCCAAACUAACACCAGAAAAAAUGGCACAAAAUAUCACCGAGGAAAUCAAAAGACUGCACCGCAGGAAACAACUCACCUUCAACAGCCACAACGUUGAGCGCAUGCAGGAUUCGGAAUCGAGCGGCUCAGAAAUGGGCCCGGACAGUCCCCGCCGACCCGACAGUCCACCGAGCAUGGUGAAAAAUCCCGAGAAAGCCCUGUUCACCUUCAAGCAGGUACAAAUGAUCUGUGAACGUAUGUUGAAAGAGCGAGAAGAUGCCUUGAGAGAACAAUACGAUGCAGUGCUGACCACAAAACUAGCCGAACAAUAUGAUGCAUUUGUGAAGUUCACUUAUGACCAAAUACAGAGACGUUACGAAGCAGCGCCAAGUUACCUCUCCUAAUCAGGGAUAUUUGGAAAAUAUAAAAUACGCAAAGCAUACCAACAACAGCUGAGCAGAAGAAACAUUGAUACUAAAUCAUGAAUAAUAAAUAGAUUCACACUUAAAUACACACCCACACACCCCUAUCAUCAGCGCAAUGCAAGCGAGCAGAACAUGUGGAUCUAGCUUAAGGUAGCAGCAGCUCUUCGACAUCAAGCGGAGAUAGUACGGGGCUGGCAGGGAAAGAAACAACCCCCUACAGAAGCAACUGCAUCGUCAGCGACACAGACACACAGCCAAAAAUGCAUCAAUCACUAUAGAACACAAGUAAGAAAUUGUUCCAAACGGUUCACUACCAACUGUGCAACGCGGAGGGUUACGGACCACCAGAUACGGACACAAAUAAUGAUCAUAUUUUGGCGGAGGGAGGACAUCCGAUGGUGAUGAACCGUUGCUUUUUAAGCGCUCUUCGCUCCAUUAUAUCUCAUCUCAUACGCUAGCGGCGGCGGGGGAUUGGCAACCCGGAAGGUUGUGGCCACCCCUAUAGGAAAAAAAACAUUUUCGACACAUCGCAAUUCUACUUCCUUUACAGUUUGUACUAUACCUUCCCCAUACGUUUGUUUAUGUUGUGUUUAGGUAAAAGAUGGAUUUUUGUUUUCUUUUUCUUAGUUCUUUACUGUAAUAAGAAAGCCUUUUCCAAUGAAAGAUGGUUUCAGAGUAGGCAGCACUCUUCGUUAAGCUCUUUAAAAUUAGCUACCACUGAUAGAGUUUUCCAAAUUAAAAGUUUUUUUUUUUCAAAAAGGAUGAGAUAAAUUAAAUUGAUAGUAUUGAAUGGUUUGCAGCCAAUACACGAAAUUGUGUUUUUGUUACUUUUCCUUCGUGAGUCCUUUUGUUACAAACUUUAUUUGCCUCUUGAAUGUAAUGUGGGAUGAUUCUAGCACCUUCUUUAUCGGUCUUUAUGUUUUUCUUUUCUACGAUUUGUUGCAAUUUGAAUACGACGUUAGGCGCUAAGUUAGUUCAAAUUUUGGUUCUUUACCGUUGUUUUCUUUUUUUUUUGUUUGUUUGUUUGCAAACAUUUGUUACACAUUAGAGCAAUCGCAAACCCCGGGCGCGAUAAAAGCAUUCUCAGUAAUUUAUUAAGCAAGCACACCGACUGGUGAUCGUGUACUACAAUCAGCUUAAAAAAUGCCUUCCGUCAUACUGUUCAUUCUUACGAGACUUGGUUCCCUAGUGGUAGAAAAAAAGCAAAUUUUCUUAUUAUAAUAUUUAGCACAUAAGCGUGUGCGUGUUACGCUACUUUGUUGGUCCUGGGAUCGAUAGGAUCAGCUUUUCGAUUGUAUCCGAUUCCAUCGUCAAGCUAUGAACUCGCGGUAGUGGAGCGAUUUAUAGUUAGGCGAAGUGUUGUGCGAUUGAAAAUUUCUCUGUAGAUGGAAUUAAUUUGUCAGUAAAGGUUUUCCGAAAAUUCCGUGUUAACAUACAGAUGCUGAUUGAUUAUAGUAAAAGCAUAGCGUAGCUUACAAAGUUUGGGUUUAUUCUCAACAGAAACUAAAUGGCACAAUCUAUAAUUUGUUAGUUGAUACAUCGAGCAAACUACAUAGUUCGAAUUAAUUUUGGUUUUCACUGGUCUUUUGAAAAUAAUGUUGCUAACGAAUGCAGUUAAAGAGUGUAAGCGAGAGCGAGAGUUCAGAAGAGCAAACAACUGCUACUGUAUAACGAAAGGGAAAUAAUGUGUAAUUGAUGAAGAAAAUGACACAAAAAGUAAGCUUAAAUAAGGGAACCUCUAACUACAAGCGUAAGCAGAGAGGAAAAUCCACAAAAUAGUAAACACUAAGAGUAAGAGAGAAACAAAACACAACGUUAACUAAUAAGUCGUUUAUAUACACGAAUAUAUGUUUUGUAUGAAAAAGAAACGAAAAAAAAACUAACGUACAGAGACAGAGGGAACGAACGAUUGAAGGAUAAGGAUUAGAAAGUGCGCGAAGUAUAUAAUAGCGAAAAAUAGAACUACGGAGCAGUCAUCAUCGUUCGUGGGGAUAUGCUGAAACAAAAGGAUUAACUGUACGAAACAAUGAGCUAAAGUAAACCGAGACCAUGGGCAAAACCAGUAAGCUUUGUGCGUGUCGAAAAACCAAUUGAAAUCUAUGCAAAACCUUAAACAGAAAAUAAAACUAAAGUACAGAACACAGCAGCAGCAGCAGCAGCAAUUAAUAUACUACUACCUACUAUUGCAAACUACUAUUGCUAAUUACUAUUACUACUACUGCUACUACUAUUGCCUGGAAGGAGCGUAUACAACACCUGUGAAGUGCAUUAUUUGUCUUACAGGGUGAUGCGAAUGAUUUUUUCCCCUUUUUUCUCUCGGAAAGUAAGUGUCUGCUGCUGUGAGUAGAUUAAAAACAAAAUGAUGGUUCCAUGUUUUUCUUAUCGUGUACGUAUUGUUUUUUCCCUAGUGGAACAGCAUCAUUUAAUCGAAUGGACAUGCAUCUGUAGUGUGCGUCAAGUUUCAUUUGCUUAACGGUUAAGUUUCUUAACGGUACCGCUCGAAAAGGUAGCAUGUAAGGGUUAAGUGAAAACAGUUCGAAAACAAUAAUGUAAACCACACCCGCACACACAAACACACAGAGAAACAUAUGGAAGUGUUUAAUCCCAACCCAAUCAAUAGUAAAUCAGGAAACGUAAAAUCAUCACCUUUGGGUGUGGACGGAGGCGGAAUUUGCAAAAGGAAUAGUGUAUCAAGAUAAAACACCAGUAUACAAAACUACAACAGGAACAUAAUAGGCAUAUGCAACUAUAUGAAACUAUAGCAUAAAAAGUGGAAAUUUAGAACGCGCUACUACCGAGAAUAAAAUAGAAUCGAUUGAAAAGGACGGGCCAAAAAAUGUGCUCGGUUGCAACAAAAAAAAGGAUGAUAUCAAAGAUGUAGCAUAACAAAGACGUAAUAAGCUCUUAGUGCUCUAGUGUUGCCAUAAUUAGUAGUAUAUACGAACAAAGUGUCUCCGUUCUGGACCUCUCCUUAUCCCCUCUCGUACGUUUCACACCUUUACGCACCCUCACAAUUUAGCCACGCGAGGACGGUGAUGGUGAGGUGAUUGGUAAUGGGAUGGAAGGGUGAUAGAGAGCUCUCGGAUGUAAGCCUCCCCUUCCCGGCGAAAUACCGGAAGGUUUCGAGACGAUCAUUUAUAUUAUUUAUCUGGAGCAAUGCGAGAUGGUUCUGAGAGGCACUCAUAUAUGUUUUUUCCCCAUUCUCCCAACAACAACGAUCUCCUCACGCGGUGAUUAGUUAUUGCAUAUGCAAUAUACAGCACAUUGUUCGCAAGCGUGUGCCUGUUGCACAAGUAAUGAACCAUAGAUUUUUGUUUUUAAUUUUAACUAAAACAAAACAAUCGUUAUGUCGCCACUUACACACAAACGCCGCUCAUAUUCUAAACUGUGGAAAAUGUUUAGAAAGCCAAAUCACGUUACUAAUUGCAAUAGCUUAAACUAAAGGAAAGCGGUUAACAACGGCACAGAAAAACUCCACUCCCCAAAAACACUAAUAUUCAAUCACUAUCAUAUUCUCUUUGGCAAACAUAUUAGAACAAGCAAUUUAUUUUAUGAUUUGCAUUGGUGAUAAUAGCAAGCAUGAAAGGAGAAAAGUGUAGCUAUAGAGAGGGAGAAGUAAAAAAAAAACCAUCUGGAAAACACAACAAUAAAGAAAUGAUUGAAAUGAGAAAAAAAACAAUGCUGAUGAAAUCGAAGCGAUCAACUAGACUGUAAGCAAAGCGCGCUAUCGUACGUAUAUAUCUUCUAAGGAUAACAGGUAGGGUCACACCAUCGGGAACCGGGAGUAAAAAAGUGGUGGAAAGAAGGCAAUUGAUGGAGGUAAAAAACAACAAAAAAAAAAGAUUGCAAGACAUUUGCUAAACCAGCGAAUAGUAGCCCGUAAUAAGCAGCGAUUACAAUUUAAGCUAAACUAACAGACAAAAAACGAAACACACCAUAAGCAAAUAAAACAAACAUGAAACAAA